UACCCCUCUACUUAACGACUUUUGACGACUUUUACGACUUUUUAACGAAUCCCCCAAUCUCCCUAAAGCCAAACACUUUUACACUCCAAUUACCUAUCUUACCAAUCUAUCAAAAUGGGUAUCGUCUGUUCAUGUUUCGCAAGCACUUUCUUGCUCAUCGGUGAAAUCUUUUCAACCGUUUUCUUAGCCGUAGGAGAAGUAGGAGCAAUGUUGGUUCGAGGCUUAUUCAGCUUACUCGUCGGUUUAUGUGACGUUUUAGCAGCAUGCAUGUGUUGUUGUCAAGUUCCCUUCAGUGAAAGGCCAGACAGGAACGGUUACACGUAUAACACAAUGGCUUUACGCACGGAUAAUCUGGCUGAUAAACCAAAGUUUAGCGGCAAAGCAUUUGCUAAAGUUCAAAAGAACAAACUGUUCACUUUACCCGCCGCCGGAGUAAAGAACAAAUCCAAAGCUCAAAAAGCUUCGCCUGCUGAUACAAGUGUAGGAGACGAAACAAAGGUUUCAACCGAAUCAGUUGAAGAAAAGGCACCGGAAGCAGCUGCACCAGCUCAAAAUGGCUGGUUUGGCGGUUGGUUCGGUGGAUCUGCACCUGCAACUGCAACUGCAAAAGCCUGAUGCAUCCACCUUCUCCGUCUGUGCGUUCCUAGACUUUGUGUAUUCUCUUUCCUCAUACCAUAACAUUCUCAAUCGACUUCUCCCA